AUGCGUCUCCUCACAGCCCUCACCUGUGUGCUGGGCGCCUCGGUAUCCGUUUCUGCUCUAGCCAUUGGAGACAUCAAAGACAAGCUCACCCACCUGGUCGAGCGCGCCACACCGCAGCAAGACACCGACCGGCUGCUCUACUCGACGAGCAUGCCCGACUUCCUCGCCGCAAAGCGGGCCCGGAACCCUUCCAACCUCGCCUGGGACGACAACGGCUGCACGUUUUCCCCGGACCAGCCUCAAGGCUUCAACUUCCUGCCCAGUUGCCAACGCCACGACUUCGGCUACCGGAACUAUCCAAUUCAACAGCGGUGCUCGGCUGCGGAUCGCAAGAGGGUUGAUGAUAACUUCAAGCGGGACCUCUAUAACGAGUGCGCCAAGUACGUCGAGGCCCAGAAGUGCAGGAAUACUGCGGAUGUGUAUUACAACACUGUGAGGGCUCUGGGUGGUGGUUUGUAUUGUUGA